CACUCCCCCACCGAAUAAACUGUUUCCAGUCAUUCUGACAUUUUCAAAGCGCUAAAAUGGCAAACGUGCGCUGUUUGCAGAAACUAUUUCGUUUACAGAAGCUCCUGCUGCCCCUUCUUCUCGGCCAUUACGAAAGAGAAGCGGUGAACAGCUGUUUACGAUCGAGUAGUGUGAGGGGGCGAAUGUCGAAUGCCAAUGCCGCCGGGUCAUAGUUUUUUAGAGAUUUGUGUAGUAAAAUUUGUCAAUAUUCCUCUAAAAAAAUCGUGUGAACUUUGUGAAAAUUAAACGUGGACAUGGAGCCGGCUAUCGAGGCAAAUGCCGCGGCAGCUAACCUGCUGAGGCUUAUCAAGCAGCUUCUGCUGGAGAAGGCAUACGACGGCGUCAGAAUGCUCUUCCAGAGCCCGAACGAGGCGUCCAGGAACAUACAGCACAUGCCGCUCAUUGCCAUGGACAUAUACAACGAUAUUUGCGUGGUCAACCUGGUGGACGAGGUUAAUGGUCGGGAGCCGGAACUCUUCGAUUGCGCCAACGAGCUGCUGAAACUGCUCGCCGAGCACGCGCCGGUGCAGGAGAUUAUGAUGGAUCUAAUGGAGAAGAUCGAGGAGAGCAGAAGCCACGCGGUCUUCGCGGCAUACAUGCGCGCUUUGCAGGUAAUCCUUGUGCGCCAGGGCCAGGACAAGCCUCAGGCGGUGAUGUGGUGUCUGCAGAGCGUGUUCACGCGCCUGAAGGAUCUGCCGCUGCCGGAAUAUCUGAGCGAGGGCUACAACGAGGCUGCGGGCCGCCUCGUGGAGCAGGAAAAGCAGGUGGAGGAUCUACUGGCCCACUACAUCACCGUCGGCCUGUUCGAGGCUCCGGGCGGCGACCCCUUCUAUCUGCUGGCCCUGGUGGAGAAGCGCGCCCGCUGGGAGCGCAAACUGAACGCCGCAAAGAUGACUGGCCAGAACGUGUUCCUCAUCGAGGAUAUGAUGCCCCUGCAUGCCCUGGCCAUGUACUACCACGCACUCUUCAUGCGCGACUUGUUGCCGUUAACAACACCCAAGAUUUAUUCGCCGCUCUUCCUGUUCGAGUCGAGCCUCUAUCUGGUGAUUGAGCUGCUCCGGCAGCCGGAGCCACCGCUGCAGCACUGCGGCCUGCGCCUCUUCGAGCACAUGCUGAUCAACCGCGGCGGCGCAUCGGUGCCCCAUUCCUCGCUACAGCUGGACGUCCAUAAGCGAUUCUGCGAUGAGCUCUGCAAGAUUGUCGGCUACUCGCCGCAGUUGGGAUUGCGUCAGCUGGGACUGCACGUGCUCCGGCAUUACAUACUAGCGUUCGAUGACCAGAGAAAGUGCCUGAUCCUUAAGAACCUGCUGGAGACGCUACAGCACGACGGCCUGAUGGGCUACCUAAGUGCCAUGUUCAAGGACCUAGUGGACAAGGCCCUGAUGGCCCACAUAAGGAGCGGCGUCGCGAUGCCAUCCGAAUUCCGCGGCAAGCAUUUCAGGGAAAUGCUGAUGCUGUGCGUCUGCGUGCUGCCUAACGACGUUAAGUCGGAUUUGCUGCUGCACGCCGAUCGGAUCUGCAACGCCAUCAACAUCUUGCGGUACUUUGCCUUGAGCGACAGGGGCAACGUCACCGGAUUCUGUGACAUUCUGCCAGAGAUCGAAAAGCGUCUGCUGGUGCCCCUGGGCACGGCCCUGGACUUCUCGAUGGCCCACUACAAGGCGUACAAGGAGCGCGUGGAGAACGGCCAAAGUGCCUCGGACGACGCCCUCAUGAAGAAGCAGCUGCAAAUGCUGGCCGUAAACAUCACCAACAGCGGCAUUGCCGACGAAGGACAGCUCGACGUGCUAACAAGCUCCAUCACCAGCCUGGAAUGGCUCCUGUCGAUUUAUGUGCGCGCCAACGAGGUAAUCGAGCAGACCGCCCACCAGCGCAAACUCCUCCGCCGACCCCGGCCCCAGCCCCAGAACCCGUUUAGGCUCUUAGCUUUAUACAUUUGUGUCCAUAACGAAAGCGAAAUGAUAGCGUAAAGUAAUUGUAUGUGUAAACAGAUUAGAAACCGAAACUGAAACGAA